AUGAUAAGCGUCAUUUUUUUCUUUCGCUCUCUAUUUCCGCCUAUUCUCUCUCUCUCUCUCUCUCUCUCUCUCUCUCUCUCUCUCUCUCUCUCUCUCUCUCUCUCUCUGUUACAUUCAUUGGUUUCAAAAUUUCUCCAUGUCACACGCACUACUUUCUCUCUCUUUCUCUCUCUCUCUCUUUCUCUCUCUCUCUUUCUUUCUCUCUCUAUUUCUAUCUCGCUCUGGUUUUCUCUCUCUCUCUAUUUCUCUCGCUUUCUUUCUCUCUCUUUCUCUUUUUUUCUUUCUUUCUCUCUCUCUCUCUAUUUCUCUCUCUCUCUUUCUUUCUCUCUCUAUUUCUAUCUCGCUCUGGUUUUCUCUCUCUCUAUUUCUCUCGCUUUCUGUCUCUCUCUCUUUCUCUUUUUCAAUCUUUCUUUCUUUCUCUCUCUCUAUUUCUCUCUCUUUCUUUCUCUCUCUAUUUCUAUCUCGCUCUGGUUUUCUCUCUCUCUAUUUCUCUCGCUUUCUUUCUCUCUCUUUCUCUUUUUCUCUCUCUCUCUCUCUUUUUCUCUAUAUAUUUCUCUCUCUCUCUCUUUCUUUCUCCCUCUAUUUCUAUCUCGCUCUGGUUUUCUCUCUCUCUAUUUCUCUCGCUUUCUUUCUUUCUUUCUCUCUCUCUUUCUUUCGCUCUUUUUCUCUCUUUCUUUCUCUCUCUCUAUUUCUCUUUCCUUUUCUCUCUCUCUCUCUUUCUUUCUUUCCGUGUCAAACGCGAAAAACCGCUGCAUUCACACAGAAACGCACAACUAUGAUAUACCAUCAUCUGUAACAGAUACACAGACUGGACGCACACUUUCUCCCUGUCACGCGCAUUGUUUUUUCUCUCUAUUCUAUCUUUCUCUCGUUCCAUCUUUACCUCUCUCUCUCUCUCCCUCCUUAUUUCCAUCUUCAUAUCUCUCUCUCUCUCUCUCUCUCUCUCGAUCUCCAUCUCUUUUCUGUUUCCAUCACUUUCUCUCCAACUCCAUCUCUCCAUUUCUAUCUCUUUCUCUAUUGCCAUCUCUCAAUUUCCCUCUCUCUAUAUAUAUUUAUAUCUCUCUCUAUCUCCAUCUCUCUCUCUAA